CUGGUAGCUGAGCUCCAGCUGAAAAAGCUCAGCCAAGCCCGUGUCAAAUCUAUCCGGCCGGCCGCGAGAGACGUCUCGGGAUAGAUCUCUCUUCUUACAAAACCUUCCCAGCAGAGUAUCUGAGACCCGUGGGCUCGGCCAAGAUGUUUUCUCUAGAUGGCAGACGAGCUUGAGGUUACACAGCUUGUCCGAUGUCGAGCUCAGCUUCCAAUCCCUUGUGUGAAAGGUGGAUCCCCGUCCGUCCCGUGCGGCCCCCGGCGGCGAUCUCAAACCCGAACAGCAACAUUCCGCAGACCGCAGCCAUGUCCGACAGCGGGAACACUCCCGGGUGUUGAAACGCGGUUGGGUUCAGACGAGUCAAAAAGACCAGGGUUGGACUUCAGGAACACUUGAUGAACCACAGCAGUUUUGGGAACAAAGAAGGGCCGUCACAUCUUCCGUCUCUGAACUAAAAUCAGAGCCGCAUGGACUAGGACAGUUUCAUCGGCGCCGGGCUUGGUGAGAGAGGCAUAUGUCCGGUCCACUGUCCUCACAGGCUCACAGCGAAAACCCCAUGGCC